GUGAAGAGAGUCUGAGUGGGUGCGGGCAGCGGGGCAGGUGCAGGUGGGUGCAAAUGAGAGGGAGCCCCCCCUCUCUCUCUCUCACGUGCUGAGAGGACUGGGGGAGGGGCUCCUCCCUUGGGCGCCCCCCCCUUCCCAGGGAUCUCCCGCCUCCUGCAGCAUCCAGCGAAGCCCCGGCCGCGUGCCCAGAUGCCGGCUGGAGGGGGGCGUUGACGGCCGCGGUUUCCUGGGUUGUGCCUCGGGAGGGCCGGGCCCGGGUCCUCCUCCUCCUGCUGCUGCAGCCGUCGAGGCGCUCUGUCCGGGGGCGGCCUCGCGGGCAUGGCCGGGGGGGAGCUGGGCCGGGGCCUGUGCGUGGUGAGCGGGGCGUCGCGGGGGCUGGGCCGGAGCGUGGCGCGGGCGGUGGCGGCGCGGCUGGCGCCCGGCUCGGCCCUGCUGCUGGUGGCGCGCUCGGCGGCGGCGCUGGGCCGGCUGGAGGGGGAGCUGGCCGCCGCCUGGGGCCCGGCCCUGCGCCUCCGCGCCCUGCCCGCCGACCUGGCCACCGACGCCGGCCUGGCCGCCGCCCUCCACGCCGCCCGGGACCUCUGGCCCGCCGACGCCGCCCCGCCCGACGGGGGCCCCCCGCGCCGCCUGCUGCUGCUCAUCAACAACGCCGCAACUCUCGGUGAUAUUUCCAAAGCCUUUGUAGACUUCACCAGCCCAGCUGAAGUCAACAGCUACCUGAACCUCAACGUCACUUCGGCGCUGUGCCUGACGUCCUCCAUCCUGAAGGCCUUUCCUGCAGAGCCGGGCUUGUGCCGGGUGGUGGUGAACAUCUCCUCACUCUGCGCCCUGAAGCCCUUCAAGACGUGGGCCCUGUACUGCACCGGGAAGGCUGCUCGGGACAUGAUGUUCCAGGUUCUCGCAGCGGAAGAGCCGGACGUCAGAGUGCUGAACUACGCACCAGGCCCCCUGGACACCGACAUGCAAGAAUUGGCCCGCACCAAGUCUGGAGAUCCGGAAAUGCGGGAGCAGUUCCUGCUCAUGAAGCAGACGGGGCAACUGCUGGACUGUGAUGUUUCCUCUCAAAAGCUGCUGACCCUCCUUCUGGAGGACACGUUUGAGUCAGGGGCGCACAUCGACUUCUUUGACGCCUGAGGGGCCAGGCUCUUAUCAGGCUCCUGCCCCCCCCCCCCACACACACACGCAGGUCCUUCCAGCUGCUGCCCAAAAGUGUUGUCUUGUCUCUGUGUGUGUUGUGUGGAGCCUUCCUCAUGAACACCCCUCAUUCCCCCCCCCCCGACUCCCACCCAAUAUGAAGCAAGAGGUCUGGGGUAAGAGUGGGCUGGCAGAAGGAGACCCUCUCUCUUUUUGGCGUCCCUCACACAGGGGACGCUCCUGGCUGUGCACGUGGAGCAGCAGCGGUUCAGGGCCCCUCCCCCAGCCAGCCGUUGCUCGGAGGCCGCCGUGGAGUAAAUGCAGAGCAGCUAAGGAAGGAGUGGUGUGAGUCCACCGGAACUCUGCUGCCACCUCCUUCAGGGGUCUGCAGUUUGGGGGGAGGCAGCUGCUGGGAUCUGGGUUUCCCCAGGGUGGUCCUUGUCAAGGGCAUGGCUGUGCUCCAAAGAACUCCCUCCAUGCAAAGCGAGAGGUCCAGGGCCUGCUGAAUGCAGCAAGUAUUUUUUAAAAAAUAAUAUUACCCUUAACUAACCACACAGUGCCUCUGUAGCCAUUAGGAAUAUGGCAGCCCAAAUCCCCACUGCCCCCCUUGGUGAGAAUGGGGCUCGUGGGGCAACGCUGGGGAAGGACUCUUCACUUGGAUCCCCCAAAGUGUCUGUCAGUCUCUGCUGAUUAGCUCUGUGCCUGAUGGCUUUGCAGCGCAUCCCCCCCCCCCCCUCAUAGCCAGUGAAUUGAAUUCUUCUGAGUCAAAUUGGGUUUCCCGUAGAAAUAUACGUUGCAAAUCAGUGAUAUGUUUGUUUUCACCAUAUGUCCAUCUUUUCAAGGAUGUAAUAGUGAGCUUUCCUAGUGGAGUAAAUCUCUAUUCUGCAGAAA